AUGUUCGUGCGUAAUAACGUCUCGAGCUCAAGCGACCGUCCGCAGGUGCGCUCCGCCCUCGGCAACCUCAAACGUGAGUGGUCGGGCAACCAGCACGACCUCGGCUCAUCAGCGCCGCAGGGCUCAAGCAUAGACGCACUAAAGUCGAGUCAAGAGGUCUUUUACGAAUGGUCCGACUCGCCUUCACCACCCGCAAAGUCAGCAAAGCUGACCCUGCCUAGUGCUGACUCGGACAAGGAGAAUGCAGUUUCCGCACCGCCAGAGAAGAAGGUCAAGGCGGACACAGCCUCAUACCAUACACCAGCAGCGAUGCGACCAGCUCAGCCUUCGAAUGGAUUCGUAUCCGCAUCAACCGUGGCUCGAAACUCGAGCUACAGCAGUAGUAGUGCAUCGGCAUCCACCCACUCAUCUUUUGGACGCCCAGAAGCGAGCAUCUCUCACCGCACAUCUUCACAUCCUUCUCGAAGUAACGAUCUUGCAACUCAGUUCUCCUACGAUCGGAACCAGGCCCGAAACGGUCCAAUCGCAGCGUCGAACGGACUGAUUCAGCAGAGAACAGGAUCCAGCGGGAGUGGAGCCUCCAGUUCUUCCUUCCGUACAUCCUCCGCACCGUCGAUGCCGUGGAUGAAGACCGCCUCUCAGCUGCGGAAUGAGAGACGCAACGAUCCCGACGCAUUCCGUGCCAGCUCGCUUGUCUCGAAGAAAGGCGAAUCCAACAGUGGCAGAGCGUCUCCUUCCGCCGUCGCAUCCAGCGAAGCCGAUGGAAAGAAGCGUGUCAACAAGAUCUUCCUCUCGCAAGAGCAGCGAAAAGUUUUGCACAUGGUCGUCGAAGAAGGCAAGAAUGUCUUCUUCACUGGAUCCGCCGGUACAGGCAAAUCAGUGCUUCUCAGAGAGAUCAUCAAAGAACUGCGCCGAAAACAUGCCAAACGUCCCGACUCGGUGGCUGUCACCGCCUCCACCGGCAUUGCCGCCUGCAACAUUGGCGGUCUCACCAUUCACAGCUUCGCUGGUAUUGGACUCGGCAAGGAACCGACCGCACAGCUCGUCAGCAAGAUUCGCAAGAACCGCAAGGCAGCCGCAAGGUGGGCGCGUACUCAGGUACUGAUCAUCGAUGAGGUGUCUAUGGUCGACCCGGCGCUCUUUGAUAAGCUCGAAGAGGUAGCUAGACUUAUCCGCAAGAAGCCAGACAAGCCAUUCGGUGGCAUUCAGGUGGUCAUCACGGGCGAUUUCUUCCAGCUGCCCCCUGUCAACCCUGGCGGAAGUGUAACCUUCGCCUUCGACGCUCAGAGCUGGCACAAGGUGGUGCAGCACAAAGUCAACCUGACCCAGGUCUUCCGUCAGAAGGACGAAUCCUUUGUCAGCAUGCUCAACGAGAUGCGCUUUGGAAGACUCUCGCAGAAGACCAUCGAGGCUUUCAGGAAGCUGGAAAGAACGCCCAAGUACGAUGAUGACAUUGUUCCCACCGAGCUCUUUCCAAUGCGCAACGAGGUGGAUCGUGCCAACAUGGGUCGUCUCUCGGCACUCCAGAGCGAGAGUCAGAGCUACCAAGCACAGGACGGCGGUACACUAAUGGGUGAGGCACGCGAGAGAGUGUUGCAGAACUCAAUUGCUCUGCCUGUCUUGCAUCUUAAGAAGGGUGCGCAGGUGAUGCUGAUCAAGAACGUCGACGAGUCGCUCGUCAACGGCUCCGUGGGCAAGGUGGUCGAAUUCAUGGACGACACCGAGUAUGACAAAGCAAUCGGUAAUCAGGAGAUGGCCGAGAUGCAGAAGGAGGAACGCGACAAAGCCGUUCGCGUCUCGACCCGCAAGUGGCCUCUGGUACGCUUCCACCUUCCUAAUGGCGGAACGCGAGACUAUCUCGCUAGGCCAGAGACAUGGAAGACCGAGUUGCCGGAUGGAGAAGUGCAAGCAUCCAGAACUCAGGUACCGCUCAUUCUUGCAUGGGCCAUGUCCAUCCACAAGUCACAAGGUCAGACUCUACCUUGCUGCAAGAUCAACCUCAACCGCGUGUUCGAGAAGGGCCAGGCGUACGUGGCCUUGUCGCGUGCUACAUCGAUCGAGGGCUUGCAGGUUCUCGGGUUCAAGCCGGAGAAAGUCAUGGCUCACCCGAGAGUCAUUCAGUGGAGUCAGUCUCUUAUCGCUCUCAGCGACUAG